CUGUUUGAGACACUUUGGGCAUCCUCGUACGGGACUAAUCAGUUGUAAUGGACUGAUUUUGAUUGGUAAUUAUCCGCAACAGAUAAGAGUGCUUUUUCUUUCUGGAAUUGUCACUGGCUCUUCCUCUGUGAUUAGAUCUUCCUAGGUGUGUCACAGUCGUUUUGUCCAUACGGAUAUGGACAAUGUGGUGCACCACGAGGGUACCUUCCAAUCUCAAAUCAGUACAAAUGGGUUCACAUGUAUGCUGUUGGUUUGGACUUUUGGGUUCAUGGCAUUCUCCUUCAGCUGCCAUGACAAUACACGGAAAAGUUAGGCAAAAGGUGCAGAUCACCCCCUCAACUCAAUCACUGGUGGCAAAUCACCCCCUCAACCCACUUCACGCGCAAAUCACCCCCUCAACUCACCUACGGUGGCAAAUCACCCCCUUUAUUAACAUCGGCACCAUCCUUCCAUUAUCUUUUAACAGUUCGCUCAUAAGCCCUUCCUCCGUUGAUGUCGUCGAGUACCACCGACCCAGAAGUCAUCUUCAAGCUGGCUCUCCACGUGGUCUGUGUCUCCUGGCAAUAUGCCUCUCAAUUACUCUAUUUACGCUAUCCCGGACUCAAAUCCAACGCUCUAUUAGUAUUGCUUCCGCCGGAGAAUCAAACAGCGCCACCGUUAAGCUUCCUCCUGAGAAACGAUUCAGGAGGCCGGAAAUCUACUGGAUGAGUUCCAAGAAGUCAGAGUUUAUGAGGGUGAUCACCUCCACCAUUCCGACGGAUCCUCUCUGCAAAGUCCUGGCCAUCCAUCUCGGUAAACACGGACACAGUUUUUCCUUUUGCAGAACAGGGGAUCAUGCAUGGAUCAGAAUAAACAACUUCGUGGGAUGGUGUUCCGAUGCAAUAUUCUACAAGGGUGACUUCUACGCCAUUGAUUUUUACGAUUACAUCUGGGUUAUUCAACCUACCGUCAACAACUUUCAAAAAGCAGUGAAACUGAGUGUAGAACCAGUCAAAGAGGGAUGCCAAUGCUAUUACUUGGUGGAGGUGAAGGGUGAUCUGUUGAUGGGGGUGAAGGGUGAUCUUGAUGGGGGUGAAGAAACAAUGUUUACUUAGUGCUUGUUAUAUUUACUGAAUGGACUGGGAGAAGAAAUCAUGGGUUCGGAU